AUGGCACCUCUUGUGUGGCUUGUAACAGGAGCCUCGGCGGGAAUUGGAGCUGCACUCGUCGAGGAAAUUGUCCGUCGAGGCGACAAAGUGAUUGCUGCCAACAGACAGGUCGAUCAGAUGGCCGAUCGCGCUUCGGAGAAUGUGUCGCUUCUUGAGCUCGACCUCACGUCUGGUUCCAAGGUCAUUGCAAGCAAAGUCAAGGAGGCCUGGCAGAUUUUCGGACACAUCGAUGUUCUUGUCAACAAUGCCGGCACAUUCUUGUUCGGUCCCUUUGAGGAUAUCAGCGAUGACGACGCAGAACGCAUCUUCCAAACCAACGUCUUCGGCCAGCUUCACAUGACGCGGGCCAUUCUCCCGUUCUUCCGCCAACAGGGAUCAGGAACAAUCACUUUCACGUCCUCAAACCAACUCUGGGGCAACAUGCCCUACACGACGUACUACAACAUGACCAAGUGGACAAAUAGCUGCUUUGCCGAAUCGCUGCACAAAGAGGUCUCCUCUCUCGGCAUCCGCUGCGUCGCCUUUGAGUGCGGCGGUGUUGUCACGCGCAUCUUCGAACCGCGCGAGAAGGAUAAAGUCGCGUCGGAGCAGAACAAGGAGGAUAAGAGUCCCAUCGAAGCAUACGUACCAGGGCUUACCGCUGCCUCGCAGGUUGUGGCCGAAUGGGGAAUGCCUCCAGGAGACCCUGCCAAGGUCGCAAAGGCAAUGGCUGAUGUUGUCAAGGGCGAGGGUAUGGCGGCUGGUAGGGUCUGGUCUUCGCGCAUUGCCCUGGGCUCGGAUUCUCUUCGAUGGUGGAAGAUGAAAAGACAACAGGAGGCCGUAGUGAUGGAUCGGUGGGAGGACGUCACCAUCAGCACGGAUCGUGACGACGCAGUGCUCUCCGACAAGUUGGAUCGCUUUGCUCUGAUAGCAGGGGCUGAGUAA